AUGAAUUUACACCGCAAAUACAAGAAGGACUUUCCCUGGUACAAUCAGCUCUACUCCAUCUGGGGCUCCCAUCUGUCUUUCUCUGCCAAAACAUCAUCAUCAAAGCCAGGCAUUGAUCAUGGUGGUGCUGUUCAUCCCUCUGCUUCCUCCAGCACUGAUCCUGAUUCUCCCAUGCAACUUGGUUACAUGCCUCUCCCCCAAAAUGCUCAAGCUGGCGGUGUUGCUGGGUCCUCAACUGGAUCUGCUUACGGCUAUCCUCCCCCAAGCGCCCAUGCAGGUGGUGCCGCCAUGGCACCAUCUGCCUCCCCCCAAUUCUUCUACAGUCCCCCUGCUCCUGGAGGCAGUGGUGGUAGCCCCUCGCAAUGGAACUAUGCACCCUCACCCCCAGGUACUCACACCAACAGUUCUGCUGGCUCCCCUGUUUUUUGUUUCCUGCCACUUCCCUCCGGUUCCAUGUCUCACGACGGCACUUACAGUGGCUCAAAAAACCGUCCGUAUGUUUUGGCAUUUUUCACUAUCUAUAAUAUUGUGUGA